AUGCCAUACUCUGCACAACAGGAUUUCGAUACCGACUACGCCGAUCCCGAUCAUAUCCAGGCCUUUGCCGCCGCGCUUGCUGCCGACGAGAACACGCUACUACCCGACCUCCCAUCCCCUUCCCCUCAUGCAUCACGCCCCAGUACACCCGCCACAUCCGGCUUUGUAGGUGGCAGCACCCGGAUUCGAAAGGUUUCCGCGCUCUCCGAUUUCGCUCCGGUGAACAGCAAAGUCAAGAGGAGGCGGAAAGGUCACCAUGUUCACAAGCAUCAGUCUGAAUGGCUGUUUAUCUUGUUCCGCUGGCCGCUCUUGCUGUCCAUAUUCUUGUUGAUAUCCUUCGAAUUUGGAUUCUACGUCCUCAUUCGCCAACUCGUGAACGCCAAGGAGUGGAUGUCGGCAUGGCGCGGACGGAAGGGGAUGCUUCGGCGACGAUUGCGGGGUGCGAAGACAUACGAGGAAUGGAAGGCGGCCGCACAUGAUCUAGACGAGUACAUGGGUUUCCACGAAUGGAAGGAGAUGGACGAGGACCCCUUCUACGACUGGCGCCUUGUUCGGAAGGUGCGACACUCGCUCAAGACUCUGCGGAGGAAGGACGACGCUCGAGGUCUUCUCGGUGUUCUCGAAACAUGUAUGCGUGUGAACUUUGCGGGUAUAGAGUCUUCUAGAUUGUAUAGCGAGACAUACAUCGGCUCGAAGAAUCUGGUGGAAGACUACAUUACGGAGCUGGCAAAGGCGUUGGAGUACAUUCGACGGUCACCACAACUCUCGAUCGACGAAAAGAAGCGGUUCUUCAAAGGCGUCAACACGAACUAUGGGCUUACCGCGCUUUGUCUCUCUGGGGGCGCAAGCUUCGGCUACUACCAUUUCGGUGUCGUCAAGGCAUUCUUGGAGGCGGACCUGUUACCCCGCGUCAUUACUGGAACGUCCGCCGGCGGUUUAGUGGCAGCUCUCGUAUGCACUAGGACGGACUCGGAGCUCAAGCAGCUGUUGAAACCCGAACUGGCAUGCAAGAUCACGGCUUGCGAAGAUCCGUUCAGUGUGUGGUUCAAGAGGGCAUGGACGACAGGAGCUCGCUUUGACAGCGUCACUUGGGCGAAGAAGUGCUCAUGGUUCACGCACGGUUCUCUGACAUUUCGAGAGGCAUAUAUGCGCACCGGCCGUAUCCUGAACGUAUCCGUCGUCCCCGCCGAUCGACACUCACCCACGAAACUGCUCAACUAUAUCACCGCCCCGGACACCGUCAUUUGGUCUGCGCUGCUCGCUUCUGCAGCUGUUCCGGGCAUCUUGAACCCUGUCGUCCUUAUGCAGAAACUCAAGGACGGGCGUUUGGUACCGUGGAACUGGGGCAGCAAGUUCAAGGAUGGGUCUCUUCGCGUCGACAUUCCGGUUCAAGGGCUCAACCUCUACUUUAAUGUCACCAAUCCGAUCGUCUCUCAGGCAAACCCUCACGUUCACCUAUUCUUCUUCGGCGCCAGAGGUUCUGCAGGAAAGCCUGUCGCUCACCGAAAGGGCAAGGGCAAAGGCUGGCGAGGAAACUUCAUUCUAUCCGCUGCCGAACAGUGGUUGAAGCUGGAGUUGACGAAGAACUUCAAGCUGAUUCGUGAUCUUGAGCUCUUGCCACCGUUAUUGGGCCAGGAUUGGUCUGGCGUCUUCUUGCAGCGGUUCGAAGGCAACGUGACGAUCUUGCCUCGCACACGGCUUCGAGACUGGUUCAGGAUAUUGACGGAUCCGGACCCUCCAGAACUGGAGCGCAUGCUUAGCGUCGGGCAACUAGUGACUUGGCCCAAGCUUCACAUCGUCGAGAACAGGCUGCGACUAGAGCGUCAGGUAUACCUCGGCCGGCAAGCGGUGCGCAAAGCGCAGAAGCCCACGCGUCACGUUAACGGCUCUUUCAAACCUCGCGACGGUGGCCUCCCUGCGACAGACGAUACGCCCGCGAUUGCUACCGCAGGACCAUCCGACGACGAAGGGGAGACCAACGGCGUCGGCGAACCUUUGUUCGAAGACACCGAUGCUGAGUCUGCCUUCCGCGACGGCGCCUCCUGGAUGCAGAAACGCGGUUUCCCAGAGGCCGCUCCAUCUGAGGCAGCAACGCCGACGUCGCCGGAUAACAAUAACUUGAAUGUGCCCUUGCGCAUACCUAUGCCGCGACGAAGACGCGUCGACGACAUCUUCGACUCGCAGGAAUCACAGCCACGGAAUGCUGAGGAGUCUAUGGACGCGUCGUCUUCAGCUACGAUAACCCAAGACAUUACAGCUCGCUCUCGAGUGAACUCCUCUGGCUCAUUCUUCGAACGAUUACGCCAGCAGUCCAUCCAAGGCUUCACGCGCCCCUUCUCGUCCAUGCGCCGUCGUGGGGCGCGCUCGCGCUCGUCUGUCACUUCUGUCGGCCGCGAGGAUUCGGCGUGGAGCAGCGAUAGCGACAGCGACGAUUUCGCUAUUGAUGAUACGGCUAGCGUUAAUCAGUUUCAUCCGACGAGUUUUAAUAUACCUGCCGAUUCGCCGCAGGAGACUGGGGAGCCAGAACCUGAGGAUGAGUUCGCGUGA